GCCCAGAGUCCCCCCAUCAGUGAGUCUUGGCUCUGCUUAUAGCAUCUGACGCCAGAAGGCUGAAAAUAGCCCCUGGAGAAGGGGGAGUAGGGGGUUAUUUAAAGGGCCUGGGAGGAGCAGAGCAGAGAGGACGUGAGGAGUGAUCAUGGCCACUUCAGAGCUGAGCUGCCGGGUGUCUGAGGAGGACUCUGAGCGCCGAGAAGCCUUCUGGGCUGAGUGGAAUGAUCUGACGCUGUCCACACGGCCUGAGGAGGGUUGCUCCCUGCAUGAGGAGGAUGCCUGGCGGCGUGAGACCUACCACCAGCAGGGGCAGUGCCAGGCGCUGGUGCAGCGUUCCCCCUGGCUGGUGAUGCGGAUGGGCAUCCUCGGCCGCGGGCUGCAGGAGUACCAGCUGCCCUACCAGCGGGUGCUGCCGCUGCCCAUCUUCACGCCCGCCAAGAUGGGUGCCGCCAAGGAGGAGCGCGAGGACACCCCCGUCCCACUGCAGGACCUGCUGGCACUGGAGACAGCCCUGGGUGGCCAGUGUGUGAAUCGCCAGGAGGUGGCUGAGAUCACCAAGCAGCUUCCCCCCGUGGUGCCUGUCAGCAAGCCCGGUGCCCUCCGUCGCUCCCUGUCCCGCUCCAUGUCCCAGGAAGCACAGAGAGGCUGAAAGGGACUGUGACUCGGGCUCCACUGUGCUCGCCCUGGGCUGGGCCCUUCCUGGCUAGGACUACAGAGAGGAGCUGCUGGCCGUGGUUGCUUUGUAGUUUGCCCAGAGUUGGGGGCUAGAGGAGGAGGGAGCCAGAGGCCAGGAUGCCUGAGCCCCUGGAGUUCCCAAAGGGAGGGGGGCAAAGACAAUGGGCGCUGAGGGUGGAGAGCUGGGGGCCGGCAUAGCCUAGUACCCCAGCCCCAGGGGAAAGGACAAAAGAUGCUGGUGAGGGCGAGAGGUGCCUGGGAGGAGUGAUCCUGGUCCAGGUUUCAGCUUCAGAGAAGGACUAGGAAAAGUGUGAGGGGAUCUGGAAUGCUCUAGGCAGGAGGCUUGGAGACGACUGGAGGAGGGGGACGUGACGAGGGCAGAGGCAGGCAGAGUGAGGCCCCCAGCACGCUGUUAGCGCUGCAAUAAAUGCUCAGUUGUGUUACAG